AAAAACCUGGUGACGUUGCAUUGAAUUUCGAUGACGAGUGCAGGAGGUGUGGGGUGUUGAGAAGAAGCACAUAACCGUUCGUCACCAUGAUGGACACCAGGGAAGAGUUGGGUGAAUGGGUCUGGAUCCAGCCAAAGCAUAAACAUGAGUUCGAACUACCAUACGCUGGGCGUGUUCUUCGUACCCACGAGGGCCGUACGCUGGUUGCCAACGACGAUGGUGAAGAGUUCUGGGUUAAGGACGCAGAGAUAAUCAAACCGAUGCACGUGACGUCACAGAGAACGGUGCACGAUAUGAUAACGCUGGGCGACCUCCAGGAGUACGCCAUACUGCGUAAUCUCAUCGUUCGAUACCGGCAGAAACAGAUUUAUACGUACACGGGCAGCAUGCUGGUAGCGAUAAACCCGUACGAGAUACUGCCGAUCUACACGUACAACGAGAUCAAUCUGUAUCGUGACAAGAAGCUGGGUGAGCUGCCACCGCACAUCUUCGCCAUCGGGGACAGUGCGUACCAGGAGAUGAAGCGCGAGAAGCGUAACCAGUGUAUUGUGAUCAGUGGCGAAUCUGGAGCUGGUAAGACGGAAAGCACCAAGCUGAUACUGCAGUAUCUAGCCGCCACAAGCGGUAAGCAUUCGUGGAUCGAGCAGCAGAUUAUCGAAUCGAACCCAAUUCUGGAGGCGUUCGGAAAUGCGAAAACGAUGCGAAACGAUAACUCGUCCCGGUUCGGGAAGUACAUUGAUGUGCACUUCACGACCGACGGUGUGAUCGGUGGAGCUAGGAUCGAGCAGUAUCUGCUGGAGAAGUCACGCAUUGUGAGACAGAACAAGGGUGAACGGAACUAUCACAUCUUUUACUCCAUGCUGGCCGGCAUGACGAAGGACGAACGCAAACGGCUCGAUUUGGAGGACGCACCGAAAGCGUACGCAUAUCUGACGAGUGGCCAAACACUGCUCUGUGAGGGACGAAACGAUGCGAAAGAGUUUGCGGAUGUAAGGUCCGCCAUGAAGGUGCUCGCGUUCGACGAUCAAGAGAUCCAAUCGAUUCUGAGUCUACUGGCGGCCAUCUUGCAUCUGGGAAAUGUGAAGUAUAAGGCGACUGUGGUGCAAAACAUUGAUGCGGUGGAAAUUAACGAUACGUUGAACGUGGGUCGAGUGGCCGUUUUGCUCGGAGUUUCCAAGGCACAACUGUUGAGUGCGCUGACGCGCAAAACGAUUCUGGCACAUGGGGAGCGUGUUGUGUCGCAGCUGUCCAAAGAUCAGGCAAUAGAGGCACGGGACGCGUUCGUGAAGGCGAUCUACGGUAAACUGUUCAUCCAGAUCGUGGACAAGAUCAAUAAGGCGAUCUACAAACCAUCGAACAAGGGACGGCUAUCGAUCGGUGUGCUGGACAUCUUUGGGUUCGAGCAGUUUGAGGUGAACAGCUUCGAGCAGCUGUGCAUCAACUACGCGAACGAAAAUUUGCAGCAGUUUUUCGUGAAGCACAUCUUCAAGAUGGAGCAAGCAGAAUAUGCGCGCGAGGGUAUCAACUGGACGACGAUCGAUUUUAUCGACAACCAAGAAAUCCUAGACAUGAUCGGCAUGAAGUCCCUCAACCUGAUGUCACUGAUCGAUGAAGAAACGCGCUUUCCCAAGGGUACCGAUCUGACCAUGCUGUCUAAGCUUCACACAACGCACGGCUCUAAAACGGUUUACGUCAAGCCCAAGUACGAUAAGGAUCCAGCCUUCGGUGUGCAACACUUUGCCGGUGUAGUGUUUUAUCGGGUGGAUGGCUUUUUGGAAAAGAAUCGGGACUCGUUCAGUGCCGAUCUGAAGGAACUGGUAACGAAAAGUACUAACGAGUAUCUGGUGACACUGUUCGGGACGGAUGAUUCGCUCGAUACGACCAAACGCUCGAUAACGCUGUCGCUGCAGUUUAGGAACUCGCUCGAUUCGCUAAUGCGAACACUUUCCUCGUGCCAUCCGUACUUUAUCCGUUGCAUCAAACCGAACGAUGUGAAGAGACCGAAGAUCAUCGAUAAGACGCUGUGCGUUCGGCAGCUACGAUACUCGGGCAUGAUGGAGACGGCCAAGAUAAGGCAGGCUGGAUAUGCUAUCAGACACACUUACCGAGAAUUUGUCGAACGCUAUCGGCACCUGGUACCGGGCAUAGGAGCACCGCACAAGGUAGACUGCGUGCAGGCAGCGAAGGAUAUCUGCAAGAAGGUGCUUGUCACGAUAUCGGACGACUAUCAGUUCGGUAUGACGAAGGUGUUCCUGAAGGAAAGCCAUGACUAUCUGCUCGAGUCGGAACGAUCCCGCGUGUAUCUGCACUACGUCGUGCUGAUACAGCGUGCCUUCCGAAGGGUGCUGUUCUGGAGGUAUCUGCGCCGAUACCGGGAGGCAGCGAUUGUUAUACAGAAGCACUGGCGUGCAAGAGGCUACCGAGCGGACUAUCUGAUGAUGCGCAACGGUUACCAACGCUUGCAGGCGGUGAUCAAGUCACGCGCCCAAACGUACGCCUUCGGUCGUCUUCGGGGAGCGAUCGUACAGCUUCAGGCACAGUGUCGUGGGUAUCUCACCCGGCGCAACCUCCGUGACCGGAUCACAUACCGUGCGCGUCGUAUGAAUGAAAUUAUUGCGAUGCAGCGCACGGAAGAGUUGCAGUUCCGCAAGUCGGGUAAUGCUCGCUGGCGGGAGGAUGCCGAGCACAACUACUGGCUGCGAGUAGACGAGCUAAACCGGGAGAUGGCUCAUCAGCAGCAACAGCAGCAGCAGCCCGAUGUGCAGCGUAAGGUGAUGGCGGUACUGCCACAGCCAACCAUCAACGUGGAGGAGGACAACAAGAUCGUGGACGACGUGUUCGGGUUUCUGGAAGGUACUACGAGCCCCGAGCCGGUACCGAAACGGAAACCAUCGCUAGCCGAUGCUGAGCAGCCGGAAGGGACGAACGAGCAGCAUGCAGCCCAGGAGCGAACGGUUACUUAUCGCGAGGAUUUAUCCGACUACAACUUUUCCAAAUUUGCGGCCACCUACUUUGCGAACAAUGCGUCUUAUCAGUUCAGCAAGCGAAAGCUUAAAUCCUCCCUGCUCGAUCUCUACAGCACGGCCGAUGUUAUAUCCGCCCAGGCACUCUGGAUUACAAUACUACGAUUCAUGGGCGAUAUGGCGGAUGCCAAGUACGAGGAAGAGAAUGACGAAUCAAAGCACAAACCGGUGAUGCAGCGGGUAUCUACGACGUUGGGGAGAAAUUUUGCAAAAUCGAAGGAUUUUCAGGCAUUCCAGGAGACACUGUCCGAGCACGAUCGGAAGAUGAUACAUCGUACGCUGAAAAAGAAGUCUAAAAUUCCCAGUGAAUUGAAAUCGAUUAUGGAGAAUAAUGAGGAGAUUACGGACUAUCAGGAAUUUCUCAACAGUCGUAGCAAUAAUCUGGACAAGCUGCACUUUAUUAUUGGGCAUGGUAUUUUGAACAAAAACUUGCGUGAUGAGAUCUUCUGCCAGAUUUGCAAACAGCUGACCAAUAAUCCAACUGCAACCUCGCAUGCGAAAGGUUGGAUCCUGCUUUCACUGUGUGUCGGGUGUUUUACACCAUCGGAACGGUUCGAGAAGUAUCUGCGUUCGUUCAUCAGGGAAGGUCCGGAGUUGUAUGCGCCGUACUGUGAACACCGGCUUGAUCGUACGCUUAAGAAUGGAACAAGAAGGCAGCCACCUUCGCUGAUGGAGUUGCAGGCGACGAAAACGAAAAAACCCAUGAAUGUAAGUGUGAUCCUGAUGGAUGGAACUAACCGCACCGUUGACACCGAUUCAGCAACUACGGCCGGGGAGCUGUGUGAGAAGAUAAGUGAUAUGAUUAUGCUGAAAGAUCGCUUCGGUUUCUCGAUCUUCGUCACGAUGCAGGACAAGGUACUAUCGCUCCAAAGUGGCCGCGAGUUCCUGAUGGACGCUGUAUCGAACUGUGAGCAGUACGCGAAAGAGCAAGGCCUUAGCGAGCGAGCGGCUGAUUGGAAGAUAUUCUUCCGCAAGGAACUGUUUGCACCAUGGCACGAUCCUGCAGUAGAUCCGAUUGCAACGGGGCUCAUUUAUGCACAGAUUGUACGUGGACUGAAUUUGGGUGAGUUGGUUAGCAACUCGGAUAGGGAUCUGGCGAUGUUGGCCGCACUGCAGUACUACGCCGAGUAUGGUAGUGAAAUGAAUGCGAAGACACUGCAGGAAAGGCUGAAGGACUUUGUACCGAGAAGUGUACUGAGGCCGGAAACGGCACCACGCUGGAUGCAGAUGAUCGAAACGGCGUUCAAGAAGAGUCGCUGCGUGAAAGAGUUCCUGCAGAGAGCUGUAGCGAAGGAGGACAUUGUACUGUUUGCGAAGAUUACCUGGGGUAUGAUGUUUUCCAGAUUUUUUGAAGCUGUUCAGUCCGGUGGUCCGUCGCUUGCAGCGGCAAACAUCAUCAUUGCGAUCAAUUGGUCCGGGUUGUUCUUUGUGGAUGAGCAAGAACAGGUGCUGGUGGAACUGUCCUAUCCGGAACUGGUGCACGUAAGCUGUGAGGAAGAUCCGGAAACGGAUGUAGGCACCUUGUAUCUGGGUACGAUUCAGGGAGAAGAAUUUAGCUUCAAAACGUUCGAUGCACGCGUUGUGUCAGAGCUGGUUAACUAUAUUAUUGAUGAGCUGAAGAAGAGAAGCAUCUACGCGGUUGUGGUGCAGUCGUACAAAUCGGAAACUACGGACGAAACAGUGCUAAGCCUUCUGAAAGGUGAUCUUAUAGCACUCGGACAAGGAUUCACUGGCGAAUCGAUUAUGGCUGAAGAGGCCACAUGGGGAUAUGGCGAGUGCAAUGGAAAGUCGGGCUAUUUCCCAACGGAAUCUAUCUAUAUCCUACCGACGAUCAUGCCUCCGUCAGGUGUAGUGCUGAACUUUUACAAGAAGGAAAAUGCCAUAAAAAGCAAGAAGCAUGCCGGUCCUAUCUACAACACCGUGCAAAGGAAGAAGAUGCACACUCUGCAGAGGUUCGCCGCAGAUCACUUCAGAGCACCGAUCGCCAAUGUAUCGUCUUCAACAAGCAUCAAUAGUGUGCGCAAAUCUACGGUAGAAGAACUUUGGAAGCAUACCAGAGAUCCAAUGAAGGCACCUCUCUUGGAGCGUCUUAAAAAUGAUCGUGCAAAGUGCGAUACUGCUGUGAUGAUUUUCACUUUUAUUCUGAAGUACAUGGGCGAUCUUCCGAAAAGCCGUGAGCAGAUCGAUGUCGCUAAAAUCUUCACCCCAGCAAUGAUGGAUGAUCUUCUGCGGGAUGAAGUCUACUGCCAGAUUAUGCGCCAGCUGACAGAUAACAAGAUUCAAAUCAGUGAGGAACGUGGUUGGGAUUUGCUGUGGCUCGCCACCGGCGUGAUGCUUCCCAGUCAAUCACUGCAGAAGGAACUGUUUACGUUUUUGCGCACCCGUAAACAUCCGAUCGCAGUGGAUUGCUUGCAGCGGCUGCAGAAGACAAUUAAGUUGGGCACCCGGAAGUACCCACCGUACAUAGUGGAGGUGGAAGCGAUACGCUACCGAACGGUGGAGAUUUAUCACAAGGUGUACUUCCCGGAUGAUACGGAUGAAGCGUUCCAGAUCGAGUCGUCCACCAAAACGAAGGAUCUGAUUCAGACGAUCACGCGUCGAUUGGAGCUAAAGUCUAGCGAGGGCUUCAGUCUCUUCAUCAAGGUGAUGGACAAGGUACUGUCGGUGCCUGAGGAUUACUUCCUAUUCGAUUUCAUCUACGAACUGAUGGAAUGGUUACGUGAAACACAUCCUUCCCGGACGAACGACAAUCGUAUCCAGUGCGAGUACCAGCUGUUCUUCAUGCGAAAACUGUGGAUCAACGUAGUACCAGGGCGGGAUCGGAAUGCGGACGAGAUAUUCCACUUCCACCAGGAAGUGCCCAAGCUACUGCAAGGCUACUAUCAACUCACCAAGGAGCAAGUCGUUGAUUUGGCUGCUUACAUCUUCUGGGCACAGUAUGAAGUCACGGACCUGCCGAUAUUGGGUAAAAACUUCCACGACUUCUUACCAUUGCUCAUGGCGAAGGAUGCCGAACGCUUGCAGAAGAUCGAUCACUGGAAGCGUGAUAUCAUAGCGAAGGUGGAAGCUGUCAAAGGAAUAAGCGUCGGUGAGGCGAAGCUAGCCUUCCUAAAGCUGAUGCAGCAGUUCUCGAUGUUUGGGUCAACGUUCUUCGUGGUAAAGCAAGCGACCGAUCAGAACCUACCACCGACACUGCUGAUAGCGAUCAAUCGAACCGGAUUCCACCUGAUCGAACCCCACACGAAGGACAUAUUGCAUAGCUACAGCUACACGGAGCUAAACUUCUGGAGCUCGGGUAAUACCUUCUUCCACAUCAAGUUUGGCAGUAUGAUGGGAUCGACGAAGCUGCUGCUGGAAACGAAGCAGGGAUACAAAAUGGAUGAGCUGUUAGCGUCUUACAUACGCCAUUUUAAGGCGCAAGCGCAAAGGAAUUAA